GCCAGAUGUGGCGUCCACUUGUAGCCCGAUAACGAAAGAAAGAAAAGGAAAAAAGAAAAGGUCCCGAAGCUUUUCGGUGUUUCUGGUUGUCCGACCCUUUUCACACAAUCCGCCGGAGCUGUGGCUGUCAGCUGAUCCUAGGAGGAAAUAGGUGCAGCUCGGAUCACCUGUCUGCUCAGGGAUCAGCUGUCUGCUGUACGAUCACCUGUCUGCUGCACGAUCAGCUUUAGGCUCAGAGAUCCCCUGUCUGCCCAGGGAUCUGCUGUACGAUCACCUUUCCCAGGGAUCACUUUUCUGCCCAGGGAUCAUCUGUCUACACAGGGAUCAGCUUUCUGCCCAGGGAUCUGCUGUACGAUCAGCUUUCUGUUCAGGGAUCAGCUUUACCUGUGAGGGUGAAGGUGGCUGGACGAGCAUCCUCUGGAGAUUUGCAGUAGAACGAUGUCCCCACUGAGCUUCUCCACGUAGCCCACCUGUGAAGUUGACCCAGUUGCCCCCAGCUCUCCCCCCCAGCCACCCCAGGGGCCGUGAUGCCGGACACGGAGAGGUCCCUGCCGGCCCUGCAGAGGCUCAGCUACGCCGUGGGACACUUCCUCAACGACCUGUGCGCCUCCAUGUGGUUCACCUACCUGCUGGUCUUCUACCACUCCGUCCUGGGCUUCAACAACACCAACGCAGGAGUUUUACUGCUGGUUGGGCAGGUAGCUGAUGGCAUCUGCACGCCGCUCAUCGGCUACGAGUCGGACCAAACCCCUGGAUGUGGAAACUACGGCAAAAGGAAAACAUGGCAUUUAGUGGGUACCCUGAGCGUGGUGCUGUCCUUUUCCUUCAUCUUCAACCAGUGUCUGGGCUGCGACGCCAACACCCCCCCGUGGACCAGCUUGAUCUACUUCAUGCCCUUUAUCGUCAUUUUCCAGUUCGGCUGGGCGGCAACUCAGAUCUCUCACCUGUCGCUCAUACCGGAGCUGGUGACCUGUGAGCACGCCAAGGUAGAGCUCACCGCCUACAGGUAUGCGUUCACUGUCAUCGCCAACAUCACAGUGUACGCGUUUGCUUACCUGCUGUUCCACAUCCAGGCCGGAAAGGACCAAGAUCCACUCAGUGACGCACUGGGACCAGCGGACAUCCCAGUCUUCAGGAAUCUGGCGCUAAUCGUGGUGGGGUUGGGCACCAUCUUCGCCGUCUUCUUCCACCUGGGAACCUCAGAGCGCCGCUACCCCGGGGCCAGAGAGGAGGCUGGACCAGAGACGGGGGAGCGGAGGAAAACGUCGGUGGAGGAGGAGGAGGGGGCGGUCGUGGGGGAGCGGAGCCCCCUGCUUUCUCCCUCCAAGAGAGCUUCAUCUUCAUCCUUUCUGCAGUGGAAAUGUUGGCUGCGGCAGCCGUCUUUCUACCAGGUGGCCUUACUGUACAUGUCCACCAGGUUGAUAGUAAACCUCUCUCAGACGUACAUCUCCAUGUAUCUCAUCCACACGCUGGGGCUGCCCAAGAAUUACAUUGCAACCAUCCCCUUGGUGAUGUACGUGAGCGGCUUCCUGUCCUCCUUCAUCAUGAAGCCAGUCAGUAAAGGCAUCGGCAAAAGUCUCACCUACUUCGUGGGUCUGGUGCUGAUAAUGGGCUUCUCCUACUGGGUUCUGCUGGACGCUAAGAUGGGCCAGCAGAUCUUCGGGGCGGCGGUUCUGCUGGGGACGGGCUCAGCCACCAUCCUGGUCAUAUCGCUGGCCAUGACGGCCGAGCUCAUCGCUGACCAGACGCAAAGUGGAGCAUUUGUGUACGGAGCCAUGAGUUUCACCGACAAGUUGGCUAAUGGAAUCGCUGUGAUGUUGAUUCAGACGCUGCAUCCCUGCCACUCCGGGGGGUGCUGCCCCGCCUGUGUGUGGUUCUAUCACUACAUCAUGGUCAUCGUCACGGGAGGCGUAGCCAUCAUCGCGGCGCUGGCUCUCUGCUCCAUCCUGAUCUGGCCCAUCAAGAUCCGACUGCGAGGAGUCCCCGUGACGUCUGAUGCGACCCCGGUCAACUGACACCCCCCUCCCCCUGACCUGACCUGCAACCAUGGAGACGCACAAACUGAUUUUAACUGGACAGAAGGAGUUCUCGUGACUGCGCCUCAAAACUGAUUUUUUUUUUUUCUUUUUAAGACAAUCACGAAGAAUUGAUCAAAAUGUCUUUAAUAGCUGCUAAGCUGGUGCACUUUAUGCAGGAAGAGAAUUCACUAUUAUUUUUAAAAUGUAUGCUAGGUAGACAUUUAAAACCCUAUAAAACAUUCGCCUUGUUUACAAUCAUUUACCCAAAAACUCUAAAAAUAGAUCAGUAUUUUUGUGGUGAAUUGGGAAAGGGAGGUAUUUUUCAGACUUUUCAGACAGAGAGUCUAAAAACUCCAAAGACGAUGGAGGCAGUAAAGCCUGUCUGUUGUCAUGGUAACAAAGUGCAGUAGAGUUGCUGCAUCAGCAGGGUGGUUGACACACCACUUCUUUGCUCACCACACUACUCCUGAAUCAGUGACUUUAGACCUUUAACAUUUACAUUACUAGUUUAGUAAAGAUAGGAACACUUCCCCCCCAGCUGGCCGUGGACGCUGCGGGGGGUUUUGCAGUGAACUGUGCUGACCACCACCUCCAUUAAUCCUUGUUUUUUUUUCUUUACGCCACUUGUUACUUUGAAAGGUAAUUGUUUAACGUGUUACUUAGUAAAAGACUUUUGCAAACA